GAGUGUAGAUCAAGAAAAGGAAAGGGGACAGCUAGUGGUGGCAGUAACAGGCUUAAACUAGCAGAAUUGUAGCCUAUUGUGGGUAAAGCCAGGCGUCUUUUCAGGGACAUCGCCCUCGGAGACUUCCCGGUCACCGUCGGCAGCCUGACCGAAGCCGUGGUGGCGACUAAAGGCUGAGCCUGCUCACAAAGCGACGUGCUGAGGAAGAACGCGUCUCUUUGAAUAGACAGGAUGCACGGACCGCCCUCCGGCGACAGCGCAUGCCCCUUGCGCACGGUCAAGAGAGUUCAGUUCGGCAUCAUCAGCCCAGAUGAACUUAAACGAAUGUCUGUCACAGAAGGGGGCAUCAAGUACCCCGAAACAACAGAGGGUGGACGCCCUAAACUUGGUGGCCUUAUGGACCCGAGACAAGGGGUCAUAGAACGAAGUGGACGAUGUCAGACAUGUGCAGGCAACAUGACAGAGUGUCCUGGACACUUUGGGCACAUAGAACUGGCAAAGCCUGUUUUCCACGUUGGUUUUGUAACAAAAAUAAUGAAGGUCCUUCGUUGUGUCUGCUUCUUUUGUUCCAAGUUGUUGGUAGACUCGAAUAACCCGAAAAUCAAGGACAUCCUGGCCAAGUCUAAAGGGAAUCCCAGAAAACGCCUGACUCAUGUGUACGACCUUUGCAAAGGAAAAAACAUCUGUGAAGGUGGAGAGGAGAUGGAUAACAAAUUUGGAAUGGAGCAGCCAGAGACUUCCGAGGACAUUACGAAGGAGAAGGGCCAUGGUGGUUGUGGCCGCUACCAGCCGCGCAUAAGGCGCUCUGGCCUGGAGCUCUACGCUGAGUGGAAGCAUGUUAACGAAGAUUCCCAGGAAAAGAAAAUCCUCCUGAGUCCAGAGCGAGUUCAUGAAAUCUUCAAACGCAUCUCAGACGAGGAAGACAUCAUCUUGGGCAUGGAUCCCAAGUUUGCACGACCAGAGUGGAUGAUUGUUACAGUGUUGCCCGUUCCUCCGCUUGCUGUCAGACCCGCUGUGGUUAUGCAAGGCUCAGCUCGUAACCAGGACGACUUAACCCACAAGUUGGCAGACAUCGUCAAAAUCAACAACCAACUGAGGAGAAAUGAGCAAAGUGGUGCGGCCGCUCACGUCAUCGCAGAGGACGUAAAACUGCUGCAGUUCCAUGUGGCCACCAUGGUAGACAAUGAAUUGCCUGGAUUGCCUAGGGCAAUGCAAAAAUCGGGGCGUCCUCUCAAAUCCAUCAAACAGCGCCUAAAGGGAAAGGAAGGACGAGUCCGAGGUAACUUGAUGGGCAAACGUGUGGACUUCUCAGCACGUACUGUCAUCACGCCGGACCCAAACCUUCAAAUCGACCAAGUGGGAGUCCCACGAUCAAUCGCUGCCAACAUGACCUUCCCAGAAAUUGUUACGCCCUUUAACAUCGACAGACUACAAGAGCUCGUGCGCAGAGGCAACAAUCAAUACCCUGGAGCCAAGUACAUCAUCCGAGACAAUGGAGACAGAAUUGACCUGCGAUUUCAUCCCAAACCAAGUGACCUUCAUUUACAGAUUGGCUAUAGGGUGGAAAGACACAUGUGCGACGGAGACAUUGUCAUCUUCAACAGACAGCCGACGCUACACAAAAUGUCUAUGAUGGGUCAUAGGGUCCGAAUUCUGCCAUGGUCCACGUUUCGACUCAACUUGAGUGUGACAACGCCGUACAAUGCUGACUUUGACGGCGAUGAAAUGAACCUCCACCUGCCCCAGUCCCUGGAGACGAGAGCAGAGAUUCAGGAGUUGGCUAUGGUGCCACGUAUGAUCGUGACUCCUCAGUCCAACCGGCCUGUCAUGGGUAUUGUGCAGGACACUCUCACAGCUGUGCGCAAGUUCACCAAGAGAGACGUCUUCUUAGAGAGAGGUGAAGUCAUGAACCUCCUCAUGUUUCUCUCCACCUGGGAUGGGAAAAUGCCUCAGCCUGCCAUCCUUAAACCACGACCUUUAUGGACCGGGAAGCAAAUCUUCAGCCUCAUCAUUCCAGGACACAUCAAUGUCAUCCGUACGCACAGCACCCACCCAGAUGAUGAAGAUAGUGGCCCGUACAAACACAUCUCACCUGGAGACACAAAGGUUAUUGUGGAGAACGGUGAGCUGAUCAUGGGGAUCCUAUGUAAGAAGUCCCUGGGGACUUCAGCUGGUUCUCUUGUCCACAUUUCGUACCUGGAGAUGGGACAUGACAUCACCAGACUCUUCUACUCCAACAUUCAGACUGUGGUCAACAACUGGUUGCUCAUCGAAGGUCAUUCCAUUGGUAUUGGUGACUCUAUUGCUGACGCAAAGACUUAUCUGGACAUUCAGAAUACCAUCAAGAAAGCAAAACAGGAUGUGAUUGAAGUCAUUGAGAAAGCCCACAACAACGAGCUUGAGCCGACCCCUGGUAACACGCUGAGACAAACCUUUGAGAACCAGGUGAACCGUAUCCUCAAUGACGCUCGUGACAAAACGGGGUCUUCUGCUCAGAAGUCUCUGUCAGAGUACAAUAACUUCAAGUCCAUGGUGGUCGCCGGUUCAAAGGGGUCCAAGAUUAACAUCUCUCAGGUUAUUGCUGUGGUGGGGCAGCAGAACGUGGAGGGUAAACGAAUCCCGUUUGGUUUCAAGCACCGAACACUGCCUCACUUCAUUAAAGAUGACUAUGGUCCUGAGAGCAGAGGCUUUGUAGAGAACUCCUACCUGGCUGGUCUGACUCCAACUGAGUUCUUCUUCCACGCUAUGGGAGGCAGAGAGGGUCUUAUCGACACGGCUGUCAAGACUGCUGAGACAGGUUACAUCCAGCGACGUCUCAUCAAGUCUAUGGAGUCCGUGAUGGUGAAGUAUGAUGGCACAGUGCGUAACUCUAUCAACCAAGUGGUCCAACUGCGCUACGGCGAGGACGGUCUGGCUGGAGAGAAUGUUGAGUUCCAAAAUCUGGCCACAGUCAAGCCGUCACACAAAGCCUUCGAAAAGAAGUUCAAGUUUGACUGCACCAACGAGCGAGCACUGCGGCGAACACUACAAGAAGAUGUCGUCAAAGACGUUCUAACCAACGCCCACCUGCAGGGAGUGUUGGAGAGGGAGUUUGAGACCAUGAAGAAGGACAGGGAGACCCUCAGGACUAUCUUCCCAACUGGUGACAGCAAGGUGGUGCUUCCGUGCAACCUGGCCAGAAUGAUUUGGAAUGCUCAGAAGAUCUUCCGCAUCAACACUCGGACGCCCACUGACCUCAAUCCGCUCAGAGUUGUUGAAGGAGUCCACGAGCUCAGCAAGAAGUUGGUGAUUGUGAAUGGUGACGACCCAUUGAGCAAACAAGCUCAACAGAACGCCACCCUACUCUUCAACAUCCACCUGCGCUCCACGCUCUGCUCCAGACGCAUGACAGAGGAGUUUCGUUUGACCACAGAGGCCUUCGACUGGCUGCUGGGAGAGAUCGAAACCAAAUUCAACCAGUCCAUUGCGCAUCCUGGAGAAAUGGUUGGUGCUUUGGCUGCCCAGUCCCUGGGAGAACCAGCCACUCAGAUGACCCUGAACACAUUUCACUACGCUGGUGUGUCUGCCAAGAACGUCACACUCGGUGUGCCCCGUCUAAAGGAGUUGAUAAACAUCUCUAAGAGGCCCAAAACCCCAUCGUUGACGGUGUUUUUGCUGGGUCAAGCGGCACGUGAUGCUGAAAGGGCAAAGGACAUCCUGUGCCGUCUGGAGCACACCACUCUGAGAAAGGUGACAGCCAACACUGCUAUCUAUUACGACCCUAACCCUCAAAACACAGUGGUGGCCGAGGACCAGGAGUGGGUCAACGUCUACUAUGAGAUGCCUGACUUCGACGUCACCCGCAUUUCACCUUGGCUGUUGCGUAUUGAGCUCGAUCGAAAGCACAUGACUGAUCGCAAGCUGACGAUGGAGCAGAUCGCAGAGAAGAUCAACACCGGUUUCGGUGAUGAUCUGAACUGUAUCUUCAAUGACGACAACGCUGAGAAGCUGGUGCUGCGAAUUCGAAUCAUGAACAGUGAUGAGAACAAGUUCAAUGAGGAUGAAGAGGUUGUCGACAAAAUGGACGACGACGUUUUCCUAAGGUGCAUUGAGUCCAACAUGCUGACUGACAUGACCCUGCAAGGCAUUGAGCAGAUUAGCAAGGUGUACAUGCACUUGCCUCAGACGGACAACAAGAAAAAGAUCAUCAUCACUGAGGAUGGCGAGUUUAAAGCUCUGCAGGAGUGGAUUCUGGAGACGGACGGCGUGAGCCUCAUGAGGGUCCUCAGUGAGAAGGACGUGGACCCAGUGAGGACUACAUCCAACGACAUUGUGGAGAUCUUUACGGUUCUGGGAAUUGAAGCGGUGCGCAAAGCUCUGGAGAGAGAGUUGUACCACGUCAUCUCCUUUGACGGCUCCUAUGUCAACUACCGUCACUUGGCUCUGCUCUGUGACACCAUGACCUGCCGUGGUCACCUGAUGGCCAUCACACGUCACGGUAUUAAUCGACAAGACACGGGCCCACUCAUGAAGUGUUCUUUUGAGGAGACGGUGGACGUGCUGAUGGAGGCUUCAUCUCAUGGUGAGAGCGAUCCAAUGAAGGGUGUGUCUGAGAACAUCAUGCUUGGACAGCUGGCACCUGCUGGUACAGGGUGCUUUGACCUGCUGUUGGAUGCAAAGAAGUGCAAAGACGGCAUGGAGAUCCCGACCAACAUUCCUGGAAUCAGUGUGGCUGGAACCACUGGAAUGUUCUUUGGCACAGUGCCCAGUCCUAUGAGUGGCAUGUCUCCAGCCAUGACACCUUGGAACACGGGCGCUACACCUGCCUACGGCGCUUGGUCACCGAGUGUUGGAAGUGGCAUGACUCCUGGAGCAGCAGGUUUCUCUCCAAGUGCAGCGUCAGAUGCAAGUGGGUUCUCGCCUGGUUAUUCUCCAGCAUGGUCCCCAACCCCUGGGUCUCCAGGAUCACCCGGACCUGCCAGCCCCUACAUCCCAUCGCCUGGUGGUGCCAUGUCCCCCAACUACUCCCCCACUUCACCAGCCUACGAGCCCCGUUCCCCUGGAGGCUACACUCCCCAGAGUCCUGGUUACUCCCCAACCUCACCCUCAUACUCUCCUACUUCCCCCUCUUACUCUCCCACUAGCCCCAACUACAGCCCAACAUCUCCCUCCUACUCUCCCACUUCCCCAAGCUACUCCCCGACCUCACCCUCAUACUCUCCCACUUCUCCCUCCUACUCCCCGACCUCCCCCUCUUACUCCCCAACCUCUCCAUCUUACUCGCCCACAUCCCCCUCUUACUCCCCAACCUCCCCCAGCUACAGUCCCACCUCCCCCAGCUACAGUCCCACUUCACCCAGCUACUCACCCACAUCUCCAUCUUACUCUCCUACAUCACCCUCGUACUCUCCCACCUCUCCUUCCUACUCCCCCACCUCUCCCUCCUACUCGCCUACAUCUCCCUCGUACUCUCCAACAAGCCCCAGCUACAGCCCCACAUCUCCAAAUUACACACCCACCUCACCCAGCUACUCACCCACAUCACCUUCAUACUCUCCAACCUCUCCCUCGUACUCGCCAACCUCUCCCAACUACACCCCUACAAGCCCCAACUACUCUCCUACUUCCCCCUCUUACUCGCCGACCUCUCCUUCCUAUUCUCCAUCAAGUCCGCGGUACACCCCGCAGUCUCCCACCUACACACCCAGCUCCCCCUCUUACAGCCCCAGCUCCCCUUCCUACUCCCCUACCUCCCCCAAGUACACCCCGACCUCACCGUCUUACAGCCCCAGCUCCCCAGAGUACACACCCACUUCCCCCAAAUACUCACCCACAUCGCCAAAGUAUUCACCAACUUCACCGAAGUACUCUCCCACUUCACCCACCUACUCCCCAACCACACCCAAAUACAGUCCCACCUCUCCUACCUACUCGCCGACUUCACCCACCUACACCCCCACAAGCCCAAAAUACUCGCCCACGUCUCCUACUUAUUCCCCGACUUCACCCAAAUACUCGCCAACAUCUCCCACGUAUUCUCCAACGAGUCCAAAGGGCUCGACUUACAGCCCCACCUCCCCUGGAUACAGCCCCACCUCUCCUACCUACAGCCCAGCCAUCAGCUCUGACGACAGUGACGAUGAGAACAACUAAAGCGCUGCGGAUGGAGAGGAGGAGAGGCAGCUGAAAGGCACCACCCCGAUGGAUACCCCACCACCACACAGUGGGUGGCUGAAGGAUUGACUCAGAUGCGGUCCAGCUACUGUUUUGUUUUUGGUUUUUUUUGUUGGGGAUAUCUUGAUCUCUUAUGUUAUCCACCCUCUGUUAUCCUCCAAAGUAGUUCAAACUAUUAUAUGAAAGACACAAACUGCUUUGCCUGAAGGAUAAAAGGCUGCCUUUUGAAAGAGUUUAUUUAAUUUUCACGCAGUGUUGAAGUGAAAUGCUAUGAUGAGAGAAAGAUGGUGAACGAACAUUUCCCUCCCUGUUCUGCAGCUGCUCUUCUAUUAUCAGCUGCUGCUGGAAGUUCACUUGUACAUAUUGCCAAAAGCCUUUUUGAACAGAGGAUUGUAAAUCACUGAAGUAUAAACUCUUAAGACCAUGGAGAGCAAAAUAUUGAGACUUCCUUUAUUACUGCAUAUUUCACUGAGGUGACUCUUUGACCGUCUUUGUUGUAAAAAAAAAAAAGUUUUUUGGCUGGAUGAAAGUUGAAAGUGUAUUUUUGUAGAGGACGCUGUGAAACUUGGCAAAUGGUCUGAUUUAGGGACUUGCAGGAUGUGGACAAACUGGCAUUAAAGGGUAUUCAGAGUUCGACUUGGUUGGUCGAGUUUACCUGUACCCCUGUCUUUUCCCUCGUUCUUAUCCCAAUGACAAAAUUUGAUGUCUUGAAAACAUCCACCAGCAGCAGUCAGAUUUUCAGGAUCAUAUAUCUUCAGAUGUCAGGUUGUGAAAUGGUUCCAAUUUGACCAGAAAGUGAAUCACAUGUGUGGCAUCAGAUCUGCGUUCCUGCUAUUGUUUGCAUGAGUAGCAAAUGUUUGUCAGUUUAAAUCAAAACCUUAGGUUAAAUCAGUUUCAAUUAAUCUCACUUGAUGAAGUUUCUAAUUUCUGAUAGCUCAAGUGAAAAGCAGUUCUCUCUAUUUGGACUGUUAAAUUCAUUUGAAACAUGUUUGCUUUUGAGAAUAGAGAAAGUUUACACUAUUAAAACCAUUCUUUUCCUUUAACUUUCUCUGAGAAUCGUUGACCUGUUAGUGGGGGCUUCAUGUGUUGGACAGAGGCAUGUGUAUGUUUAUCUAAAUUGAAACUCACCUUUCUUCAUACCAAAUUCAAAAGUAUUUUGAAAAAUUGUUUUGUUGAAAUAGUUUUUCUUCCCAUCUUCAGAGAUGGUCAAACUGACCAUUGAGUUUUUGGGUUUUUUUUAAGAACACUUACCCACUACAUUAGUGUGAUCUUUGUUUGAAGUUUAGACUCAUUUUUUUCACAUUACCAAGUUUUCUUCUGAUCUUUCUGAUCUUUCCAUUUCCUUGAUGGAACAAUGGUUUCCAAAAAAAAACUCACCAAAGUCUUUUCUCUCUUGAGCCAGUGGUUCUCAUUUAUAAAUCAGUGUUCUUUUGUUCUACCCAUGUGACACAGGGGAUCUUUGUGAUAGACCUAAUCUGACAGGAGUUAUGCAGAGUUGAAGUUCAUAGCUUCAAUAUAUGAAAUCAUUUGCUUCCCAACACAUUGAAAGGAAAAUGUAGACUUGAAAUUUCCUGCUGGUUAAUACUGUGGCGGCUCCAGGUUUUGGAGAUUAUUUAUCCACUUUGCUUGAAUUUACAAAUUUGCUCUUUGUUAUGAGAUAUCCAGUCAAUCUUGGUCAUUUGAACUCCUGGGUUUUGCGAAUGUCUAAAUGUAUGCGUGUGUGUGUGUGUGUGAGAGAGAGGGCAAGACAGGGUCAAAUGUGAGGAAUGACUCUGUUUGGACAAAGAAAAGGUUAAUUUAAAAUUGCCACUGUAUAGAUAUUCUGUAUCUUGAUUUCUGUAUCUUGUUUUAUUUUUUUGACUCUGAAAAAAUGAAUAAAAAUUGUUCUACAUUCUUG